GAUGAUUUGCUAAACAAAGGGUGUAAUAUUCCAAAUUUUCUGAAAUUCAAGCAUUUAAGUUAAGGACCUUUGUGUGAGAAAAUAUUAUUUUGGGGCUUAUUAGCUAAAAUAUCCAAAUUGAGGGACUUAAAAGAGAAAAUGAAUUGGAUAAGGAUCAGCUAUUUUUUUUCCCUUCUUUCUUUCUUCUUCAGCCCGCGUGUUCUGCUCUUCUUCUUCUUCCCUGCAGCCGGCAAGAAAACCCAGCCAAGCCGACAGCCUUCCCUUUGAAAAACCGGUAAAAGCUUGGGGAUUUCUCCUUCUUUUCUUGUUCUAGAACACAUAAAGAACCUAGAAACCUUCCCCUCUCUGCAGAAUUUUCGGAUCUGCUCUGCUCGGUUCCCUCCGUCUGCUGUUCUUGCCGGUGAUUGGGUGUGGAUUUUCCAAAUUUUCGAUCCCGAAUUUCUCCCCAAAUUGCCGCCAACCUUCCCUUAGCUUGCAGCUCCGGUUCUGUUGGCUAGAAUUCUGGGGGAGGUUUAUAAACACUAGUACAUGUCAACAUGUUAUUGAUAGAACCAGUUCGUUCGAGUGGCCUUGCUAGUGGGGGUUAUACACCAGCAAAUAGUGUAGCCUGUCAGUGGGAGGUUUAUAACACUGGCCAUGACCUAUAGAGGAGACGUCUAUUUCGUUCUCGUACUGUAUCUGUUUUUCGUGAUUACAGUUGUUGGAAUGCUAUAAGUUUAAUAAGGGGCACUCCAUAUUUUAUUUACUGAGUUUAUCUCAUAGUUUUCCUUGUCCACCAUUUCAGGAAGCAAAGUCAAGGACGGGAAAAAACAAGGGGAGUGACAAGUUAGAAGGCUAGCCAUUUUGUAAAUUUGAUAUAAAUUUUAGAUAUAAAUCAUGAUCUUAUAAGCUAGAUUUUAAUUGGAGAUUUUAUAAAUUCAUUGAAUGGAUUGUUAGUUUACAAGAGAUUUGACCUUGAGAUUUUGAGCUUAAGUCAUGUUGGACAUGGAAUUAUUUUGAAAUAUCUGAUUUAAUUUAUUGGAUUGUCAGAUGUGAAUUGGAUAAGUUCCGAGUUUUGUGCAUUUGUGGGACCUUUUCACAAGUGUACGGCGUCUGUCAUGUCCCCGGAUUUGGGUUCUGGGGCGUGACAAAGGAUGUAAUGAUGUUGAGGGGGAUCAAGGAGGAAGAAAAGGAAGGAGUUUUUUUAAUGUAAGUAUGAUUAUAAAUAAGCUUGAGUUCA